GGUUGAGAACCAUUGUGCUCGCUAUCAUCAGCGAUAGCAGAAUAAACAAAUAAGUUGGCAUUUUUCCAGCACGUUGCUCGAAAUUGUCAUUUAUUUAUUUAUUUCUUUGAAACAAACUUGUUUUCUGUUUUGUUUUUGAGCACAAGUGAAUUGAUUUCUCAAUCCCUUUGACGAUACGAAAGAAACAAUGAAUCAUUCAGUCGAAAUGACAGCCACGGCUCUGGCGCAGCGUACCACAUUCGAUCCGUGGUCUCUGCCAGAUACCUUCACUGUCUUUGCGUUUGCCCCGGAAGAUAUCCGUGGUUUUCUCCAUCCUCACUGGCACACUCAGAAAUCACCUCAUCCAAUGCUCUACUAUUUCUUUGGAUUGUAUUACUUGCUUAUGGGCUCCAUUGCCAUCAGUGGUAACAUAAUCGCACUGAGGAUUUUUGGACGCAACCCGGCUCUGCGAACGCCAGCCAAUAUGUUGGUCAUGAACCUGGCUAUGUCCGAUCUUUUGCUGAUGAUUACUCUCAUCCCGGAAUGUGUCUACAAUUUCUUUUUGGGAGGCCCAUGGCAAUUCGGAGAACUUGGUUGUCAAAUCCAUUCAUUCUGUGGUGCCCUUUUUGGCUAUAACCAGAUCAUGACAUUGACCAUUAUCAGCUGGGAUCGUUAUAAUGUCAUCGUCAAAGGUUUCAAUGGCAAGCCUUUAACUUUUUCAAAAUCCAUCAUCUUGAUCAUCUUCAGCUGGAUAUGGGCCCUAGGAUGGUCUAUAGCUCCACUAUUGGGAUGGGGUCUGUACGCCAUGGACGGAAUGCUUGGAACAUGUUCUUUCGAUGCUGUUACGACGACAAUGAACAAUAAGUCUUACCUAAUGGCGGCCUUUGUCAGCAACUACGUACUUACCGUGUCCAGCAUCAUCAUCUGUUACUAUUUCAUCGUCCAAACCGUCUUUCACCAUGAAGACGAACUGCGACAGCAAGCCAAGAAGAUGAACGUCACCUCGCUGAGAAGUAAUACCGACCAACAGGCUGUCUCUGCCGAAAUCCGUAUCGCCAAAAUCGCCAUCAUGAACGUAACGCUUUGGUUGGUCUCCUGGACGCCGUUUGCCGUCAUCUGUCUACUGGGCACUUGGGGCGACACGUCCAAAAUCACUCCGCUCGUUAGCGAAUUGCCCAUCAUUCUGUCCAAGACAUCCUGCGCUUAUAAUCCAAUCAUUUACGCCUUAUCUCACCCGAAAUAUCGAGAGUGCUUAAAGGAACUUUAUCCAUGGAUUUGCAUCGUCCCCGACAGCAAAGGUGGUAAACGAGGUGGGGAAACUCAGUCGAUUAGCUCGUCCAAAACACAGGCUUCCGAGAGCACCUAAAAGAAUUACCCUGUGAAAAACGUUAAUUUUUCAACAACAGAAAUCGGACGAAGUGAAUAUAGAUGUAAGCUAUAAUAGACCCUUCUAUAUACAAAUGUGAAAACCAUCAAGUCAAAUCUUCGCCUAAAGAUUGAGUGAUGGACACAGAAUCUGUAAGAAAGUCACACGUAGCUGUAUACAUUGAAAAUACCUUUUAAGUGCAAACCUAAUAACCAGCUUCAAAUCUAUUGAUUGAUGCUAAAAUCAACCUCAUGGUAGGUUAAUAAAAAUCUUCAGCCUACAUAUGGAUGCAUACGUAAGAUAUCCGAAGAUACAGGGCUGGUUUACAACUUCCCUUACUUAUAAUCUACCAAAAAUAUCAAUCUUCACCUCUUAGUGUGCUAUGGUAAUCACACUUUCUAUGUGUCUAUACUUACCACAUGUAUGAAUGUCAGCAGAAAAGACUCCAAUACAUUUCAACCUAAGCAUUGAAAA